UUUAUUCAUGAAUUAAAAAUGCAUAAAACAUUGAAUUCAUAUUUAAGAAUUGUACCUAUAUUAGGUAUAAGUUUAGAUGAAAGUACAAAUGAAUGCUUGCUUAUUACAGAAUAUGCUAAUGGUGGAAAUUUACGGCAAUAUCUUAAAAAUCAAGAAAAUUUGACUUGGAAUA